CGUCGGCAUACAGAAGAAGAAAAAAAAAAUUGCAAAAAAAGCGGAAAAGCGGCGGCAGAAGAUACAAUUUACUUCUAAAAUCGAAAUAUAUAAAAGCCUUCAAAAUUAAUAAAAACGCGCAGACAAGUGGCCGCAAGUCGCUGACUAAAAUGGCUAUACAACUAGAUAAAAUUCUGGCAGAUAUUGCCAAGGAGAAAGCGGUGCAUCCAAACAAUGGCGGAGCGACCAAACAGGAGCAAGAGGACGCUUGGGGCAGGAUUGGGCGUCUGAACAAGCUCUCCGUGCACGAGUCGCGCUCCAUUUUCAUUGUGCUGCAAAAGAAGUACCAUCAGGAGAAGCUCAAGGGCAAUUCGACGUGGAAGCUGUUCAAUGUGAUGAACCAAAUACACCAGGAGCCCAAGGCGGCCGUGAAAGAAGAAGACGACCAAGUUCCCAUCGACGAUGUGGAGGAGUUUGAAAUGCUGGAGGUGCAGGAGCCAGAGGAUGAUGACGAUGCUCAUCAGUUUGGCCAGCCCACCAACUCCACUGGCUCUGCUUCUUCGGAUGGGGAGAGCCCAAGCAAAUCGCACAGCACCGGCUCGCCGGAGAAGGAGGAAAAGGUGUACUCCAAGGCCAACAUUGACACACCGCGUCCAGCGUUCGAAGAGAAGAAGCUGCUCAACACCAUGGCCAAUAAUACUCCGAGGGCCACGACAAACAAUCCAGUGUCCAUGGCCGCCGCAGUCUUGCAAAAAGGAAUUACCGUGAAGAAGACUCCCGUCUCGGCUGGAGCUGCACAUAAAAUGACGCCGACUCAGUCGCAAAGCAACAGCAGCAGGGCAACGUCCUCGUCGCGCACCACCAUUCAGUUGCCAGAGUCUUUGAAGCGCAAACUGUCUGAGGAGUACUCGGGACCAUCAUCGCAGAAGAAGGCGGCAAAGACACACAGCCCAAAACAGACGGCCAACACAGUUGCUGCUGCUUUGGCCGCUGCAAGCGUCCCCGAUCCCACAGUAACUUCCAAUGUCGUCCACACAACCACGGCUCAGCUGAUGCAGGUAAAGAAAGAACGUGACGGCAGCCACUCGCCACCGCCCGGCAUCAAUAUCAUCACCGUACCGGCGGCACAACAGAUCAACGGCGGUGGCCCAACAUCCUCGACAGCUGCCACCGUUGCCUCCACUUCAGUGGCUUCCACCAACGGCUACUCGCCACACAUCGAAGAACUGGAUUUCAAGAACGACAUUAUCUUUGACUCAAAGCUAAACACAAACUCCUCCAACGCCCCAGAGAUUAUCAACUUGGGCAACUUUGACCAGUCGCUGCCGCCGACAUUUUUCAAGAAUUUGUGCAACUCUUCACGCCACGAGGCCCUUGGACUAUACGUUGCAAAUGUGAUGAACCGAAUCUCAUUGCGUGCCGCCGCCAAACUCGAGUUGGGCAUCUUGCGCACCAUUCUCGAUGUGCAAAGUGACGAGCUGGACCAGUAGGUCAAUACAAGUAUAUAAAUUACCUAAUUAAGUGAAUUCUAAUUACUCAACUUACUUAUUAGAAGUACUAGAAGGUAUUUAUGUAGAACGGACCACCCUCUCCUCAAUUCCUAUAUAAUUUAUAUAAUUCCAAUCAUUUGCCCUCGCGAUAUUGAGUUGGUUCAUCCUUCAACGUCGCUUCAAUCGGAUAUUUUGACAGUAAUAUUACAUUUAAUUUGUUCACAGCAGCCCGAUUUGAUGGGCCCCUUCCCCCCAUGUUCCACUUAAUUUCCAAAUAAGUUUUUACUUCAAUAAAAAUAAAUAUGUGACUCACUUG